UACGACUAGUAGUCGAUUUGGAGAAAUAGACGGAGGAAGAUGCAGAUUUUUGGUCGUUUAAGGUAGCAUCAACGAGGAGGAAAGGGCAUGAGUGUGGCACCGGCAAACGAUCAAUAACGCACACAGACGAACUUAGGUGAAAUUGACUACUUCUCUUCCUACUACUCCUGCAAUAAACCCUCGUUCAAAAUGAUCACCCAUACGACCACCUUGGCUUCUUGCUCUGUCAAUUCGUUGGAAUCCAUACAAGGUUUUGUAAAGACUAGCCCACAGUCUGUGCCACAAACAUUGAGCUGAGCUUAAGCGAGAGCUUCCCAUCUCCCGUAUCUGGUUCGAAAUCCAAAGGAGGGGAUCUCAGACGAGCUCAUCAACUUCCAUCAAUCGAUGAAAGGUUCAGAGGUGCAGCUUUCGGCCGGUGCUUAGUUCGAACUCUUCAUCGUUUUGCAGUCAUGCAAUCCUUCCAUUCUCCUGCUGUGACGGCGGGAGCGACAACUCGAUGGGCGAGGAGCCAGUUGCAUCCGAGGGGAUGGGAGGGCAGGAAACGAGGGAGACAGAUCGAGGCCGAAUCGUGUAUUCAGGUGUCGACCUUUGCACCAUGGACUCGGUAUUCUUGAAAGAAAGCAACGGGGCGGUGCUCGAUCCUGGGUACAGGAACAGGAAUCCUGCGAACUCGAGGGCUAGUGUGUCGUUGGGUUUGAUCUCUGCGAAGUGGCGUACAUAAAUUUUUGGAGCUUCGUAACUCUACUUCCAGGCUCCAAUCUGCAAUGUACACCGAGUCUCAGGCUGUCAAGCACUUUUCAAUCGGUACAAUGUCAUCCGACCACUGCAGGAAUUCUUCUCACGAGAGGAACCCGUCGAAGACCUUGCUCGCAGCCCUCGAUUUGGAUCAACUGCACCUACAACUCAUCAGCAAGAAAAAUUGACGUGCUGAUCGGUGCGGGAUGCGAGGAGAGCCCAGGAUCCUUCAGCUUCAGAGGGAAAUCUCCCACUCAAAGUUCAGUCUUCGCUUGCUCCACCGCGCACACCGCCAAGAUCAAUCGCAAGACUCUGAGCAUCGAGUCGGAGACGCAGCUGCUCGUCGAGCACCGACGAAAUCCUCGAGGAUCGCGAAGAACUCGAAUUCUUGAAACUCGGUGUCGAAAUCGCGAGCGGCGAUCUAACGUCUCCAUCCUUGAAUUCCGAUUUGCGUCGUCUCUCGACGAUCGCCUCGGGGCGAAAGAAACGAAGAGAGGAGGGUCGGGAGAACCGCGGCGCUUUCUGCGGUUUCUGUCGAUGAAACUCGGCGACCUUCGACUGCGUAGGCUUCUGGUCGACAGUCCGGGCUCGUCGUCGACGUCGUCGUCAGAGCUACACGGUAAAUGGAGGGCGCUCGUGAUCGCCGACACGGUGAUCGGAGGGCUGGGGUUCAUCAUGGGCUCGAUCGCCUUGUUCUGCUGCGUGUGGCGGAGAGGGGUGAGCAUGCGCUGCUGGUGGAACUUCACCUUCGGGUUCGGGGACCGGUACCACGAGCGAGACGUCCGCGAGGCGCCGGACGACGAGUCGUCGCCGGGGAUGAACCGGCCGGGGCCGCCGAGGAGCACGCCGGCGGGGCUGCAUGACCUGCGGAUGGCUCUGCCGGACUUUCGCGCGACGUCACGGCAGGACUCCGGCGAGUCGCGAAGCCGGCGGAGCCAGAUCGGGUCGGGCCCGCUCCUCUAUUCCGCCGAGGCCUUCGCCUUCGAGGCGCUGGCGGCGGCCACCGGCGACUUCGCGGAAGAGAACCGCAUCGGCGCCGGCAGCUUCGGCAUCGUGUACCGCGGGGUUCUGGGCGACGGGCGCGUGGUGGCCAUCAAGCGCGCGGACCGAAGCAGCGCCCGCAAGAUCGAAGAGAACGAGUCUGCCUUCGAGGCCGAGCUCGAGGUGCUGUCGCGACUGCACCACAAGCACCUCGUCAACCUCGUAGGCUUCUGCGACGACCACGACGAGCGCCUCCUCGUCUACGAGUACAUGUCGAACGGCACGCUCCACGACCACCUUCACCGGCACCGGUCCAUCGCGCUCUCCUCGUGGCAGGCGCGGAUCAUGGUGGCGCUGCAGGCCGCGCGGGGGAUUGAGUACUUGCACACGUACGCCGGGAGGCAGAUCAUCCACCGCGACAUCAAGUCGGCGAAUAUUCUCCUGGAUUCGAAGUGGAACGCGCGGGUGUCGGACUUCGGACUGUCGCUGAUCACGCCGUCCGAGGAGCACUCGCACCUGACGACCGGAGCCGCCGGUACGCUGGGCUACAUGGACCCCGAGUAUUACCGGUUGCAGCACCUGACCACGAAGAGCGACGUGUACAGCUUCGGCGUGGUGCUCAUGGAGCUGCUGACCGGCAAGAAGGCCAUCCACCGGCGCCACACGCUGGCGGCGGGGCUCACUGUGGUCAGCCCGACGAAUGUGAACGUGGUGGACUACGCCGUGCCCCCGAUCCGAGCGGACGAGCUACUGAGUAUCCUGGACGAGCGAGUGCGCGUACCGGAGGAGGCCGAGAACGCCGCCGUCGAGAUCGUGGCCGAGGUCGCCGAGCAGUGCGUGCGGCUCGAAGGCAAGGACCGGCCGACGAUGGCUGAGAUCGUGGGCCGCCUCGAGACUGCGCAUGCGCUCAGUCGCGCUUCUGAUUCUUCCCUUCUGCACGAGUACGAGGCCAGUGCUAGCUCGCAUCUCGGCCCCUCCAGGCAGAUGGACUCGUCCAGGGCUCCCCUCGGUCGCGCGAAAGGAACGAUUUUGGACCUCCGACAGUCUACCAGCACACCAGAGAGUCAAGACUACGAUUCCGGGUCGAAGCUGGUGCCUGAUGACACUCACGAAUCCACGAGGCCGGAGGAGCCUGAUUCAGAUAUAUAACGGAGAUCCAUUCGCCCAGCCAUUCUCUCAGGAGUAAGACUCAAGAGGUCAAAUUGGAUGAGCGAGCUCCUUGUUUUGAAUGAGCAAGCGAGGAUGCCCAACGGAAGAUCAUUUGGCUAAGUCUGACUUGUUUAAAGUGAUCGUUUGCAGCUAAAUGCUGAGGUAUGGCACAGGCUUCAAAGCUUAGAUAUUCCCCAGAGGGAAUCGAUCAAUGAUCAAUAUGAUUUUAUGCAUGUUACUGUACAAGCAGGAGUGAUUGCCCUUCACGUGCUACUUGUGAUGCUGUAGUUCUCGUCCUAGCUUCGGUUUUCUCAGCUCAUACUGAAACUGCUCUUGACUAUGGAACAUGCCCUCUCAAAUCAAUGCAGCACUUUGAAACGCUGGAAGUUUUUUUUGGGCAAGUAUAUUGUUUCUCAUUAGACAGUCGACAGCUGGAAGAUUGCAUAUUGAGAUUUUCAAUUUGCAAACACUUACAGUGACAGCACCUUUGUGUUUUUCUUCCACCUUGGACUCAGCACGCAUUGAUAGUUUGUACAUUGUACAUUGUGUCGAGAUUCACUCGUAAAUUUCUUUCACCGCACAAUUGUUUUCUAUACACAGCUGCAAUUACGAGACAACUAUGACGUAGGGUGAAAUUUGUCUUGGG